AGGAUUUUCUCCAAAGAAGUCACCCUCUAUCUCUCCGAUCGAUUCCCAAAUCUUGGAGAGCUCACAACUAUGAUUAAUCGUUGCUUAAGUUCUGUUCUUUAGAACCCCAUUUCACUGUUCUGAUUCAAUCAAAGGUGGCUGACGGAAAUGGGAAGCACACAAAAUGGAAUUAUGUGGUUCUUCAGGGACAAAGGUUUUGAUGACAAGAGUAUAAAUGAAAUGUUGAGAAAAUGCAAGCGACUUGAAGGGGUACAAAGAGAAAGUGCCUCUGAGAAUUGGGCUUACUUGGAAAGCAUUGGAAUUCAGGAGAGAAAGUUACCUCAUGUUAUCUCAAAGUGUCCUAAAAUCCUCACUUUAGGCCUCCAUGAGAAGCUUGUUCCAACUGUUGAAUGUCUCAACACACUUGGUACAAAGCCCCAAGAAGUAGCUUCAGCCAUUGCAAAGUUCCCUCACAUAUUGUACCACAGUGUGGAAGAGAAGCUUUGCCCACUUUUGGCCUUCUUUCAGACGCUGGGUAUUCCCGAGAAGCAACUUGGGAAGAUGAUUUUGCUCAACCCGAGGCUGAUCAGCUACGGCAUUGAGACAAAGCUGACGGAGAUUGUGGAGUUCCUUGCUGGUCUUGGACUUUCUAGAGAUGGGGUGAUUGGGAAAGUGAUGGUGAAGAAUCCUUUUAUAAUGGGAUAUAGUGUUGAUAAAAGGCUUCGCCCGACAGCGGAGUUUUUAAAGUCGAUAGGCCUUACGGAGACGGGUCUACAGUCAGUAGCAAUGAAUUACCCUGAAGUUAUGUGCAGAGAUGUGAACAAGGUUCUGAGACCAAACUUUGCUUAUCUGCAAAGAAGUGGAUUUGGAGAUGGGCAAAUAGCAACUUUGGUGACUGGUUAUCCCCCUAUUCUGAUCAAGAGCAUUCAGAACUCUUUAGAACCUAGAAUCAAGUUUUUGGUAGAAGAGAUGGGAAGGCAGGUUGAUGAAGUCACUGAUUUUCCCGAUUUCUUUCGCUACGGUUUAAAGAAAAGAUUGGAGUCACGGCACAGAGCUUUGAAGCAGAGGAAAAUGGAUUGCAGCUUGAAUGAAAUGCUGGAUUGUAAUCAAAAGAAGUUCCAAAGGAAGUUUGGUUUGGUUUGAAGGAAGGUGAGCCACUUCCCUUCUUUCCUUAUUUCAUUUUUGCUUGAAUGUAGUUUCGAUUACGAAUGUAGAUUGAAUGGAUGUCUUCCAAUUUCUAGUAAACCCAACCUAUUUGCGAUUUCGGGUUGGUCAAAUAGAAGAAGCUGACUCAGUCUUGAUAUUGUAAUUUUAUGCGGAAGUUUUCAAAAUUUUGGAGUUCAAUUUUCUGCUCGCUGCUGGUAAAUGAAUGUCCAUGAGAUUGUUUGAGUUGUUCUUUUCUUUCUUUUUUCUCCUCUCUUGAAUAUGUAGUAAUCUCGAACUGCAGAUUAUGUUUAGCCCAAUUGGACCGA